AUGGUAAAAGUAGAGACAGAGAGUACUUGGCAGCCAAAAUUUCAGCUGAGUGUUGCUGUACUAAGAUCUUGCAGCCUUGAGAAAAUCCCUUGGUUUCUCAUGUACCAGAAGAACUUGAGUCUCGUUGAUCUAUCUUACAACAGAUUAUCCGGUCACAUUCCCACUUGGCUGUUGGAAAAUAAUCAACAACUUGAAGUCUUGCAGUUGCAGAAUAAUUCAUUCACUCUCUUUCAGAUGCCUACUACAAUAGUGCAUAACCUGAAGGUUUUGGAUAUUUCAACAAACGGUAUUGAGUCAUUCCCUGACACUAUUGGCAGAUCACUUCCCAAUAUGGUAACACUGAAUGGCUCUAGUAAUGGUUUCAAAGGAUAUUUUCCAUCAUCUAUAGGUGAGAUGAAGAAUCUUUCCUUCCUAGACCUCUCCUAUAAUAACUUCUCUGGAAAGCUACCUAGAAGCUUUGUCAUGGGUUGUGUUUCACUGAAAUACCUGAAACUCUCUCACAACACACUUAGUGGCCAUUUUCUUCCAAGAGAAUCAAGUUUCACUUCACUAUCUGCACUGAUAAUCAAUAACAACUUAUUUACAGGGAAGAUUGGAGAUGGUUUGAUUAACUCCAGUAGUUGGUUAUUUCUACUUGACAUGUCCAACAAUUUUCUCACUGGUGGUAUUCCAAGUUGGAUAUCUAAAACCUCUUUGCAAUUCUUAAUGCUAUCAAACAAUUUAUUACAAGGUGCAAUACCACCUUCUUUGCUGGUCAUGACAUAUCUGGACAUCUCUGGAAAUCUAUUCUCUGGAGCCUUGCCGGCACCUGAUGGUUAUAAUUUCGAUGGGUGCAAUUUGUUCCUACAAAACAACAACUUCACAGGGACAAUUCCAGACACAUUCCUGGAUUGGGUCUUGAUUCUUGAUCUUUCCAAUAAUAAACUCUCUGGGAGCAUCCCUCAGUUUGUUAAUAAUACUCAGGAUAUUAGUAUUCUUCUGUUGAGGGGUAAUGAUUUAACCGGGUCUAUUCCAAGGGAGCUGUGUGAUUUGAGUAACAUCAAGCUUUUAGAUCUUUCAAAUAACAAGCUCAACGGCUCCAUACCUUCAUGCCUCUAUAAUUUAUCAUUAGGACGAGGAGGGGAGGAGGAGAAGGCGAGUCAACACUACAGAGCUUACAUUGUAGUCGACCUUGAGUGGGAAUUUUACAAGUCCACAACUGUAGUUGAGAACUUCAUGGUACACUACUUUGCUACAUUCCAAGAGAUACAAGUCAAAUUUGCAACAAAGAAAAGGUAUGAUUCUUAUGCAGGAAGAUCUGAGUUUGGAGAUGGAAUACUUGAUUAUAUGUAUGGGAUGGAUCUUUCAAACAAUGAAUUAAGCGGUGCUAUCCCGUUAGAGCUUGGAAACCUGACAAGACUUCGAGCCUUGAAUCUAUCUAACAACUUCUUGUUGAGCUCAAUACCUUCCAGCUUCUCUGGUAUGAAGGAUAUUGAGAGCCUUGAUCUCUCUUGCAACAAGUUACAAGGAAGCAUUCCUCAAGAACUUACCAGCCUUACAUUUCUUGUAGUGUUCGAUGUGUCUCAUAAUAAUCUUUCAGGAAUCAUUCCCCAAGGAACGCAGUUUAACACUUUCAAUGAGAACAGAUACUCAGGCAAUCCUUUUCUUUGUGGACCGCCGACCAAUAGGAUUUGUGAUUCUACUACAAAAGGCUCAGAUGAUGGAAGAGACGAGGAAGACAAUGAAGGUGUUCGUGUUCACAUGUUGGUCUUCUACUAUACCACUGCUUCAACUUUUUUAGCCGCGUUGAUAGGCAUUCUUGUGCUUUUGUGCUUUGAUUGUCCUUGGCGUAGAGCAUGGUUCCGCAUUGUUGAUGCUUUCAUCGCGUCAGCAAAAAACCUGUUUCCUUAA